CUGAAUCUGAAUCAGACGAGAAUAUCGAAGGUAUCUCUGUGAAUGUUGGGAAUUAAUCCAACGAGAACUAAGAUUUUGAAUAAAAUUUAAGUUGUUUAAAGUUAAGUUAAAGGUGUAAAAAUUGUAGUAUUAAUUGGAGCUAUAUUUGUCUACCAGUUAAGAAUUAUGACCCGAUCUAUAAAUAGUACACUGGGUGUUAUGGUUAUCAUAAUUGCAAAUUUAAACAUGGCAGCUACAGAAGACACUCGAAACUAUGUAGCAAUGGAAAAUAUUCUGCAAAAAAUUAAUUCAAAAUAUAUAUCGUUACCCGAAGAUGAUAAAAGAAGAAAUAAUAAAAUACUAGACGCAGUUACCAAAAUUAUUGAGAAAAAAAUGCAGGAAACUGAUCCAUUAUUUAAGAAAAUGUUUAGAAAGGAAAAGUAUUUUGGUGGUAGCUAUUAUGAUGGUUUGAAAGUUGGAAAACCAGAAGAGUAUGAUCUCGAUCUAUUGUUAGAACUUCCACCAGAAGUAAAACCCGCAAUAGAAGUCAGUGAAAAACAUGGAUUUGUUCAUGUGGUCUUAAACGAUAUAUCAAAAUUAACUAAUACUGGCACUUCUGGGAAAAAAAAUCCCACCAUCAAAAACAUAAGAGUUGACCAAAAUUAUCCAUACACCACACCGUGGCCAGUAAAAUACCAUUUUGGGGAUGCCUGUAGCUGGCCUAUUAAAUUAAGGACAUGGAAUGACACUCUAAAUACUCUAUUAGUGGAUUCAAAAUAUUUAUCAACAUUUAAACUUCUAUCUUGGUUUGAAAAAGUAAUAAGUACAUCGUUAAAAGAUUUUAAAACUGAAGGUACUGAGGAGUGUAUUUUUGACGUUGAUGUUGGUGAAGAGGAUAUCCUAAAAGUAUACGGAAAAUUCCAUAAAGCUUCUCCAGCUUCCACGUUAAAAUUAAAGUGCAGUGGCAAUAUAAACUUGGAUAUUGACCUCGUCCCCUGUUUUGUAUUUACUGGUGACAUGUGGCCGAAAGAAAAUUAUAGACCUAAUCCCGUGUCUCAGAAAAGUAGAUUUCUUGUGGUUCCUAAAAUCCCUCAUGGAGAACCGUGCGGGCCACAGAACCCAAAUAACAUAUAUUGGCGACUUUCUUUUCAAGAACAAGAACGUGAGCUUAUUUCUGGAAAUCAGUAUAACACAAUGAAAGCCACUAUAAAAUUAUUGAAGAAAUUAAGGGAUGAGAAAAACCACAAAAUUGCAAGCUACUUUCUAAAAACUAUAUUUUUAUGGGAGGUCGAAGAACGUGAGCCAAAUUUCUGGAGCAAGCCACUGAGUGUUGUAUUCAUGGAGAUGCUAAUAAAAUAUGAAUCAAGAUUGAGAAAAAAAGAUAUACCAUAUUAUUGGAACAAUAAAUAUAAUCUUAUAGGACAUAUAAAAGACAUAACUAUUGAAAAUAUUGCCAAUUAUAUAAAACAAGUUAUCGAUAGCGUAAAUAGAAAAGUUGCCGAAGAUCCAUUUACUAUUGCAUAUUAUAUUCUGCCACCUACAGACGUAGAAGAUUUAAAAUCUCAAGUUAAUAUUGGCAAGAAAUAUAAAAAGCUUAUGGGAGACUCUAAUACUGUGGAUAGCACUGAUGAUCAAUUGGAAUCUAUUCACAGCCGACUAGAUCAGCUGACUGAAAAGGUUGAUUUAUUGUACAAAUUGAUGCAAAACACCAAUGUUUUAUUGACAGAAGUUUUAACAGUUGGUAAAGAUGACUUGGAUUUAUCAUGUAGAGAAUAGUGAGAACAAGCAUUACCUCAGUCAAGGAAGAAAAAAGCUGAAAAAAUAUUAUACAGAUAUUUAAAGGUUCUAAAAGGUAUAUGAGGGGCUUCUAAUACAAAGACAUAGGUACAGCUGAUUUUGCUUUGUUUUUAUUUAAACAAUCUUAAACGGUGAAAAAGGUAUUUUUUGCUUAUACAACGUUUCUUAUAGAUUUAAAAAAAAAUGUUCAAAUAAAAGUUGUAUAUCAUAAAAAGUCCUUCAAAAAUGAAAGUUUACAAAUUAAAAAACAAACAAUUGACCGAGAUAAUAGCAAACAAACCUUAAUUUAGCAGUAAUUUAUUUUUAAAUUUUAAUAAUUUUGUAUAAUGAAAUGGCAUAUACAGUCGGAAAAAUGAAAGGAUACCCAUGAACGGUUACUUCAAUUACUUAUUUUGUAUUUGCUGUCUAUUUCUAUAAAUAACAAACGUUUGUUAUAGAAAAAGACAGCAAAUACAAAAUAAGUGAUUGAUGUGAUCGUUCAUGGGUAUACGCUCUGAGCUUCGCUGGUGUCGCUCCUGGCGGAUUACUAAUUCAACUUUCACUGGUAAUUUUUAAAUUUAUUAUUUAAUUGUUAUCGCUUAAUAUUUACAAAGCUAAAAAGUAAUUAAAUUAUAACAGAUUUUUUAAAGAUUUUGCUAAUCAUUUUGACAUUCUAUUGAUGAAAUAUUAAUUUCUUACUUCGGAUACUUUCACAACUAUCGUGUAGAUGGCGCUAGAUUAAUUUAUAAUUACAUAUUACGGAACAUUAAAAAAACGUAAAUUCAGUAUUUAAAACGUAAGUAUAUUUAAGGUAAAAAUAUAUACCACAGCUUUGACCAACUAAUAUUUUUUAUAAUUAAUGUUUUUAAUUUUAAUUUUAAAUUAAUCACUUUGACAUUUAUGUCAAAUUUCCAGUAAACGUUUACAGAUUUUGCCACUACUGGCGCUCGCGAAUUUAUAAAUAUCCCCUCUACGUACGAGCUCACAGCGUAUAGGGCUUUUCAUUCACAGUCAUUUGUUUCGAGCUUCUGUCAUGUGUCACAUAAUAUUAAUAUAUCUACGUCAUACGUUAUUGAUAUAUACCAAUGAUAGAAACCAAAGACGUAUGGCGUAGAUAUAUUAAUAUUAUGUGACACAUGACAGAAGCUCGAAACAAAUGACAGUCGAUGAAAAGCCCUAUACGCUGUGAGCUCGUACGUAGAGGGGAUAUUUACAAAUUCGCGAACGCCAGUAGUGACAAGUUUGUAAACGUUUACUGGAAAUUUGACAUAAAUGUCAAAGUGAUUAAUUUAAAAUUAAAAUUAAAAACAUUAAUUAUAAACAAUAUUAGUUGGUCAAAGCUGUGGUAUAUAUUUUUACCUUAAAUAUACUUACGUUUUAAAUACUGAAUUUAAGUUUUUUUAAUGUUCCGUAAUAUCUAGUUAUAAAUAAUCUAUUAUAAUCUUAGCGCCAUCUACACGAUUAUUGUCAAAGUAUCCGAAGUAAGAAAUUGAUAUUUUAUCAAUAGAACGUCAAAAUGAUUAGAAAAAUCUUAAAAAAAUCGAUUACAAUUUAAUUACUUUUUUGCGUUGUACAUAUUAAGCAGUGUGUAUUUGGAUUCCGAGCAGUAAAGACGUACCAUAUCGCUCUCGAGAUCCAAGUUCCAAGUUUUUGUGCCGUUCUCGGCUAUCGGCCGGGACUAGUUUAUGGUAAUUAGUGAAAUAAUAAUUAAAAAACGAUUUGAGUGAUUAAUUCUAAAUUACUAUUUAUGUGAUUAAUUUUUAACUCAGUGGCGUACUAUAUUAAGGAAAUGUACCACCAAAAUCAAGUGUCAAAUGGGGGGUUGUAUAAUGUGCCCCAAAUAUAUACACAGCCUCAACAACCUCCAGUAAUAUCGCCCCCAUUUUAUGGAUUCCCGAGCAGCCAACAGACAACAAACCAAUAUAUCCCGCCUACUCCAUUCCCAAACAAUAAUCACCAAUAUAACCAAAACCUCCCUGCACCUCAAAUGGAUCAACCAAAUACAUCAAAUGCUUCCCAAUACAUCCUCAGUGGAGAGGAACUUGUCAUGGAAAACUCAAGCGAUGAAGACGACGAAACCAUAGAAAAUGUCCAUGAUUGGCAAACAGUCAAAAAAAUUACAAAAAAAAGAAAAGCAAACCCCAAAGAUGAUAACACAACAACAAUGCAAGUGAGUACAAACAACAGAUUUGAACCAUUAGAAAACCUAACUGAUAAUAAUAACACACCAGUAACACCUAAACCUCCACCUAUAUUUAUCUAUGGGGUAAAUGAUAUCAAAAAGAUGACUGAAAACCUAUCGACAGUCAUUAAAGCAGAAGACUACCAGUCGAAAGCUCUCCUAAAUGACACAAUAAAAAUAAACACAAAAACUAUUGAGUCAUACAGAAAACUUAUACAGCAUUUAAAUAGUAGCAAAAUAGUUCACCACACAUACCAAGCAAAACAAGAUAGAGCUUAUAGGGUAGUUAUAAGAAAUUUACACCACUCGAUGCCAGUUGAAGAAAUAAAAA